AUGGGGACUAGAUAUGGUCACGAGGUAUUGAAAAAUCAACAGCUUAUUAAGAAGGGUUUACCUGUCAAUGAGUAUUUAUAUAAAGUUCCCAAACCCGGUGAACGGUUUAGUUACAUUGUAGUAGUACCUGAAGAAAUUUAUAAUAAUUGCGGAAAAAAAAUAUCACAGAAAAAAGGAAACUGUAUGGAAUAUCCAGAUGUGGUAAAAAGGUUUAACAAGAAAAUAAAUAUUGAUUAUUAUACCGAGAGUUUAUUUGCUCUUUGUGCCCGUUUUAUAAAUUAUGAUGAUAAAUACCAACCAUCACCCGAAUCUCUGGCAAAAGCCUUGGAUCAUAAAAAGAAAUCAAAGGAGAAGAAAUCAAAAAACGUUGAGGAUUUAUUGCAAAGCAGUGACUCUCUGAAUCUAGAUGAAGAUGAAAUAGCAAAUAUCAAAGAUGUGGAGUCGCAAAAAUUGGCUAAAAAGUGGCUUAAAAAUUAUAUCAAGAACUUAUGUGAUACCCCGAAAAAAGAUGAAACCAUUAUCUUCCAUUUAUGGAAAGAUACCACCACUCACGCUGAAAAAAUAUGUUCUGGCAUUAGUGAAGUUGACAUGACUAGGUCUUCAGACAUCUCUAUGAGAUAUAAUGAUUACCUUAAUGCAUUAGAUAGGAUUGCAAGUUCUACUUAUUCGAAAUUAUCAGAUUUACUUUCAAAAUUGUCUAAGCUUAAUAUGGAUUAUAGAAAUGCGAUAUACGAAUUAAUUGUGCAAGCACAGAAAUACAAGCCUGAUAUUAUGAUUUUGGAAGAAUAUAUAUUUCGAUUUAAUCUGGAAUCGGAGUGUGAG